AUGAUAACAACACACCUUGUGCGUCAUUUUCACAAACACCUCGCCAACCAAGCACUGGUGUUGGUAAUCAAAGACCUUCCAUUCGAUGCGCACCCACCACCAACAUCACCGUCACCUCCGUCAUGGACAAACGAUGCCGUCACAGAGGUUCUCCACUCCAUCUCCCGCUACACCCUCCAAUCUCCUCGCUCCAUUGGCCGGCAGAGCGGCUUCCGCCACCGCACACCGCUGCGGCAGCGCAACCUCAACCUCGAACACCACAAGUUCUGCAACAAUAUUCUCGUCCUGGGCCCCGCGGCCCACCGAGAUCCCUACAAGUCCCACCUCGGCCCACUAAAAGCCCUCGAGUUCUUCCGCUGGGUGGAAGUCCGCUACGCCUUCGCCCACACCGAAGCCACGUGCCGCGAGCUGGCCUGUCUCCUCGCCCGCGCCAACACAGUCAAACUCCUCUGGAACUUCCUCAAACAGUGCCCUCACGUUACCACCGCCACCGUCACGUGCGUCAUCAAAGUCCUCGGAGAACAAGGCCUCGCCGGCGAAGCCUUGCUCACUUUCCACCGGAUGAAACAGUUCCGCUGCAAAGCCGAUACCCACUCAUACAACGCAUUGAUCCACGCGCUCUGUCGCGUGGGGAACUUCACUAAGGCGCGUUUCCUUCUCCAGCAAAUGGAGCUUCCCGGAUUCCGGUGUCCGCCUGACACCUUCACUUACACGAUUCUCAUAAGCUCUUUCUGCCGUCAUGGCAGGCUCACAGGCUGCCGGAAGGCCACGCGCCAUCGAAUUUACGAGGCCGCACGUCUCUUCCGGUUGAUGCUUUUUAAAGGGUUGGUUCCCGAUGUUGUGACUUACAAUGCCCUAAUUGAUGGGUGUUGUAAGACGUUGCGCUUGGAGAGGGCGUUGGAGUUGCUAAAUGACAUGAAAACCAGGGGUGUUGUUCCGAACCGUGUUACGUAUGAUUCUUUUAUUAGGUACUAUAGUGCUGUGAAUGAGAUUGAUAAGGGUGUUGAAAUGUUGAGGGAGAUGCAGAGAUUGGGGCAUGGGGUUCCCGGUUCGAGUUCGUAUACUCCCAUCAUUCACGCGCUUUGUGAAGCUGGAAGGGUUCUUGAGGCUUGGGGGUUUCUUGUUGAGCUGGUUGAUGGCGGAUUCGUGCCCAGAGAAUAUACUUAUGGGUUGGUCUGUGAUGCGCUUCGCGCGGCAGGGGAGGGUGGCUUGUCAUUGGAGGAUGAUGGGGUGCACAAGAGAAUAAAGGAUAGCUUAUGGAAUAGGUAUAGGCAAAUGAUGAAGGUGAAGCAUGUUAUGACUCGCAAGGGCUAUCCUGAGAUGGAAGAACGGGAAUGA